AUGUACGGGGACCUAGCGAAUAAACUCAUUCUCGAAGCCAAAAGAUCUAAAAACCUCGAGAUCCUCCCGCUUUAUAAAGAAGAAACCAUUCGUUCGAUUGUCAAGGAAACAAAAACCCUCCAGAACCAACUUGAUAACCUUGACGCUGGCAACAAUAACAACACUUUGGAAAGCACUCAGGACGACGUCAACAAAAAUGUCCAAAUCUUUGUCAACCAUUUGAUCAUGCGACGUAAUAAGCGGGUCCUAUUGGCGUACCAACGCCAACGUGCCGAUAAAUUGGAUAAAAUCACUUGGGAUAACGUCGAGCCCCAGGGGGAAUUGUUGGAGAAUUUGAAUUUUGCCGAGAGCGAGUACUUGGAGAAAUACAACGAGUUGGUGACCAAUUAUAAGAACGAGAUCCCCGACAUCGACUUGAGCGGGUCGUUGGACCCUCCAAGUGAUGUGUUUAUCGACGUUAGAGUAUUGAAGGAUGCCGGGGAAAUCCAAACCGAAUACGGGGUGUUCAAUUUGACUAAAGAUAGUCAGUUUUUUGUUCGUCAUUCCGAUGUCGAAAGGUUGAUCCUCCAGGGAUACUUGAAGAAACUCUAA